GGUGCCCAUUUCUUUUUCUUAAACUGCACUCAUAUUUCUUAACAUACACUUUUUACAGUUUAUAUCCGUAUAUUUCCAAGACAUCCCAUUUUAAAUAAGUAAUCAUAUUGGACAAUCACGUGAAGAGUUAUAAAAGAAAAAAGAAUCAAAUCUUGAAAGAUGGAUGGGAUGUCUUGGCCUUCUCAGUCGGAGUUGGAUGGAAUGAGAGAGAAGGUUGCUCAGAUGUCUGGUGGAGAUGCCAAAGAGGUUAGAUUUGUCGUAUCUCCAUACCGGAUUUGUCCUUUGGGAGCUCACAUUGAUCAUCAGGGUGGAACAGUUUCUGCUAUGACAAUAAAUAAGGGCAUUCUGCUUGGUUUUGUUCCUUCUGAUGAUUCUCAGGUCGUACUCUCAUCAGGGCAGUUCCAAGGGGAAGUUAAGUUCAGAAUUGAUGAAAUCCAGCUUCCAAAGUUCAAUAAUGGUUCAAAUAAUACAAUUCCAGUAAUGAACUCAUCCAAAUCAGAGGAAGAAUGUAACUGGGGAAGUUAUGCCAGGGGUGCGCUCUAUGCCUUGCAAAAGAGAGGAAACUUCCUGAGAAAGGGUAUCAUUGGGUUCAUUUGUGGUUCUGAUGGUCUUGAUAGCUCAGGUCUCAGCUCCUCUGCAGCUGUCGGAAUAGCUUAUUUGAUGGCUUUUGAAAAUGCAAAUAAUCUCGUAAUUUCUCCAACAGAAAAUAUUGAGUAUGAUAGGCUGAUUGAGAAUGAAUACUUGGGUCUGAGGAAUGGAAUAUUGGAUCAAUCAGCAAUAUUGCUUUCAAGCUAUGGUUGUUUAACUUGUAUGAACUGCAAGUCUGUGCAGACCAAAGAAUACCAGCUCAUACACCCCCCAAAUUUGCUCAAUGGCCAGAAGAAUAGUAUGAAGAGUUCAUAUAAGAUAUUACUGGCACCUUCGGGCUUGAAGCAGGCCUUGACAACCAAUCCUGGAUACAAUCGUCGAGUCACUGAAUGCCAGGAGGCAGCAAGGAUUCUAUUGCAAGCUUCCGGCAAGGAAGGACUGGAGCCUCUGCUGUCCAAUGUUCAACCAGAAAUCUAUGAGGCUUACAAGAGCAAGUUGGAACCCAGUCUGGCAAAAAGAGCAGAACACUACUUUUCAGAAAAUAAGCGUGUUAUGAAGGGAGUUGAAGCAUGGGCUUCUGGCAGUCUGAAAGAUUUUGGGAAGCUUAUCUCAGAAUCUGGUCUCAGUUCGAUAAAAAACUACGAAAGUGGUUGUGAACCAUUGAUACAACUGUAUGAGAUACUUUUGAGGGCUCCUGGAGUUUUUGGAGCACGUUUCAGUGGUGCAGGUUUCCGUGGUUGCUGUAUUGCAUUUGUGGAUGCAGACUGCGCAUUAGGUGCAGCAUCUUUCGUCAAGAAUGAAUAUCGUAAAGUCCAGCCAAAGUUGGCAAGCCAAAUCGACCAAGAACGGGCAGUCAUAAUAUGUGAAGCAGGCGAUUGUGCUAGGGUCAUAUGACUUCUUCUUCGUUUAUUAUUUGAUUCAUUCUUCCGUUCUUUUGUACCCAGAAAAGGACACCACUGCAUAAUAUGGUGUUGUAUCAGGUCUGUAGCCCAAGGAAAUAAAGAGAGGGCACGAAAGUGCCUCACCUGGUGAUUAAAUUGAGCAUUAUUGGUUCAGCAAUGAACAAUUGUAAGAUUUGUCUCAAGAUUUUUACAAUGCAUGUAUACUAGCAAAUGAAUGAACUGUGUACCAAGAUGAAAUAUAAAACUAAUCCAAUGAUUUUGUUCGACUA